AUGUACAUCCCACCGGAGAUAAUUCUCAGUAUCGUCGACUAUCUGGACUGCACCCCCGAUAGCUCAACAAGUGAUCGUGCUACUUUGAUUGCCUUAAGAAGUGCGAACAAGGACUUUUACGCUGUAGUAACGACUGUUUUGUUCCGGGAUUUUAGUCUUCACUAUGGUGUUUCCCGCUCUAUUCCCCAGAUGCAAGGCAUUGCAUUAUCCUCGGUGAUUAGACCGCAUGUAAGGUCACUCUUUAUACCAAGCGAAUCAUUCUUCCCGCUUGGAAAGGACGUGCAAUUCAACACCAGGGACUAUUAUCCUUGGUCUCGUGGGUCAGCACUCGACUGGCUCACCGUACCUGACUACAGCCAGGCCCUACCUGUUCGCAAAGGUAGCAAAGGCCGCCCAAGCCAUGCAAAGCAAACACUUAUGUUCCAUUAUCCGUUCCGCGAAUUCCCCACAAAGCCGUGGCAAGGGUUUUCGCUCCGUAAGAAAGAAUUUAGAGAACAAGAACAGGGAUACAGCACAGCUUUAUCAAACCUUAUAGAAACGUGCGAGAACCUCGAAGAAAUCCAUAUAGCCUUGGGGCUGGGAGAAGAUACAGCAAGAAUGUUGACCUUCGGGAAAAUCCUUGGAAAACACUUGAUGCCUCAAAUUGUAGCCAAAGGAAUCCGAAAGCUUGUCAUAUCAGUACCAUCAGCACAUAAUAUAUCUUUACCGUUCACCGAAUACGUAGAGACCUCGAACGAGCGCUUUGGGCACCUUCCCAAUUUUUCAAGUCUUGAAUCAUUGGUUAUCGAAUCAUGCUACGGAAGCAGUGCCGAAACUGCAAGCAAAGACUUCGUUGCCCUGCUUGAUACCCUUACUGGCCUAAAUUAUUUUAAAUUGUCGCUGUCUAGCCCUAUGUCACAGCAUUCAACAAAAGGAGUGUCUUGUUACCCCAUAUCUUCAGCCUGCCAUAAUCUCACAACUGUCAAGCUUUCCUCCCUAUUCUUGGGAGAAAACGAAGACUUCCUUGAGGAUUUCCUCUCAGCAGUCCCAACGAUUACAGACCUCGUGCUUUAUCACAUAGCCCUACCAAUAAGUAGCCGUCUACCUGAGAACCACUCUCUACUUGCGAAAACCUGGAGAUCUCUAUUUCAACACAUCUCAUCUGUCUUACUUAGGCUCACGACCUUUCAGUUUCGCCAUCUGAUGUAUGGAGCUACGCCCGAGCCCAUAUGGUGGAAUCGAGAUAAAAAAGAUGUGCUUUUGCUUUUGCCAAAAACGGUUAAUAAUGAGCAACUGACGGCCCUUGCGUGGAGUCUAAGCCUCGCUGGCGCGGAAUUAGUCAGCCCGUUUGAUGAAGAUUUGAAGGGAUUACGAUUCCUGAGAAAAGUGGUUAGAGAAAGAAGGGUUGGGCAAAAUCUAUCUAUUGACACAUACAGCGAAGAUGUUCCAAUAACUAUGUGGGCAGAAGGUAGAGAGCAGUGGACUUAUUUAGCAGAUGAGUAG